AUGCUUGUCAUUAUAGCGGUCGUCUGCGCUGUUCUCGCAAUAGUCCUGCCUCGGAAGACACGCGACAGCCCCAUUGUCACGCCGCCUUCGGCGUCACCUGGGACGGAACAUUGGCCUUGUCGAGAGGUCCUCCACUCCAAUUUUCCAGAUCCGAAUCUCCUCAGGCACAAUGGCACUUGGUACGCCUUUGCAACGAACAACGCUGCCGGGCACUUCGGCUUGUCGCACGUACAACUCGCAACCUCGCCAGAUUUUGUAAAUUGGACGUUGUGCGAUUAUACCGAGGAUCCGUUACCAAAACUGGGCGACUGGCUUGUGCCCAAGUCCAACUUAUGGGCCCCCAACGUGCUGCAGCGCGCCGAUAGCAAAUUUGUUCUCUACUAUGCCGCUACCGCUGCCAAUGCCACUGGGAACCACUGUGUGGGAGCAGCCGUUGGUGACUCUCCACAAGGUCCUUAUGACCCUCUACCAACUCCCCUCGCCUGUCCCACUGAGAUUGGUGGUGCUAUUGACCCUUCCUCAAUCAUCGACUCGGACGGAUCGAUAUACUUAGCAUACAAAGUGGAUGGAAACAAUAGAGGAAACGGCGGGGAUUGCGAGAACACGGUGCCUCCUCUCAAGGACACUCCGAUUCUUCUCCAGAAGUUGGAGCAGGAUGGCACCACUCCUCUUGGACCGCCAGUUAAGAUUCUGGAUCGGACGUAUGAGGACGGCCCGCUGGUUGAGGCCCCCAAUCUGAUUCGAACCGUCGAGGGCAUCUAUUUUCUCUUCUUCAGCUCUGGCUGCACAAGGCUCCCAAGCUAUGACGUAAAGUAUGCCACUAGCUCUAACAUCACCGGUCCUUACGUUCGAUCUCCUAAGCGAUUACUGAAGACUGGCGACAUGGGCCUACUAGCCCCAGGAAGUGUAUCCGUAACUCAGGACAAGUCGAAAUGGAGGAUGGUAUUCCAUGCCCGCGUUAAAACGGACUUUGGUGGUGUUCGAGCUAUGUAUACUGCUAAUCUAAUCUUUAACAAGACUGAUGCUUCCUUCGACCCUGCUUCGUAA